AUGAAGCCCUUAGUGAAGGAACCAUCUCCCUCUGUCUACUCAAAUGAGGCACAUCCAACCAAACAAUCCCAAGGUGACCCUGAGAGUGGAGCCCAUACAAUCACAAGUAGUAGUGGAGAUGCACGUACAAGUGAUCACUGCUUUCCAUGGUGGAGGACAAAUCUAAAUUCCAUUCGCAUGGUUUUAGCAGAGAUGAUAGGGACUUUCAUUUUGAUGUUCUGCGUCUGUGGGAUCAUAGCAGGCAGAGAGUUGACGAAAGGUGAUAUGGGUCUAUUGGAAUACGCAGCCACAGGUGGUUUAUCAGUUACUAUUUUGAUGUUCUGUGUUGGACCCAUCUCGGGGGGCCACCUUAACCCCUCUGUUACAAUUGCUUUUGCAACAGUAGGUCAUUUUCCAUGGUCCAAGGUUCCCCUCUACAUAUCAGCACAAAUGGUGGGAUCUGUGUUUGCAACAUAUGUGGGAGAGUCUGUGUAUGGCAUCAAGGCAGAUAUACUAACCACGAGACCACUUCAAAGCCGUGCUACAGCCUUCUGGGCGGAGCUCAUGGCCACCUCCAUUACCCUGUUUCUAGCAUCAUCACUUUGUCACCAAGCUCAUGCUGUAGCCCAGGCCUCUGGUUUUGUAGUUGGGAUAGCAAUUGCACUGGCUGUUUUGAUUACAGGGCCUGUUUCAGGAGGAUCGCUGAAUCCAGCCAGAUCGUUUGGGCCUGCGGUUGUUUCAUGGAGGUUUAAUGACUUAUGGCUCUAUCUUUUUGCUCCAACUGUUGGAGCUGUAGCAGGGGCCCUCCUUUUUAAAGUAUUACGUCUUCAGCAUCCACCUUCCUCAUCCCCUUCUUCCUCCAAUGCCACUCCACCUGCCAAACAUACAAACAUAUAGCCCAUGAUAUAAAUUGACAGACUUGUAUACAGGAAGUCAGGAAUACAAAAUUUCAGUAUCUCACAGCUUAGACAUGAUUCCUGAAAUGAAAUUAAUGGUUUUUUUGAAUGAAAAGCGCAUGAGAACUUUUAGUUGGUGA